AUGAACAACGGGAAGAAAUCCGUACGGCCCCCAAAGUAUGCAACAAAGUCCAGUAAGUUACGACUUUUUGCAGUGAAGUGUUUAGAAGAUUUUUCUACCCCGGACUUCAGAGAAUUCUUCCCUAUCCUUUCAGCAAAUUCUAGAAGUGUGAUGGCGAAGAGAAAGAGAAGCAUCGUAAAUCGACAGAAUGAAGACAUCAGGAAUGGAAAAAGAGGGCGGGAGAGGGGAGUAAAUGGGUGGGAUUAUGACAUCCCUGGAGGAGUAGUUGCUAUACAUCAUACUCCGAGUUGCAUUCAACAACUUAACCCGUUGUGCGAGUCUCUGCCUGCAUCAGCUUCUCUCAUGUCCUGCUUACUUGGCCCAUAUGCAAAACUCCUCCUCGAUGCCAUGAAGAAUUCAGGCUGCACAGUUUACAAAGAUCGUCAUUUCUCUUGUGAAGAUUGUGACGGAACUGUUAGUGGGGAAUUUGAUGCUGCAACAUCUCAAAUUGUGUUGUGCCAGAACAAUAUUCAUCAGCAGUCCCAUAUGAACCGUGUGGUAACUCAUGAACUUAUUCAUGCAUUCGAUCAUUGCCGAGCACACGUAGAUUGGUUCAACAACAUGAAACACUUGGCCUGUUCAGAGAUUCGGGCCGCCAAUCUUAGUGGUGAUUGCUCUUUUGGAAAUGAACUGUCCAGGUUUAAUUUUGGUCUGAAACAGCACCAUCAGCAAUGUGUACAAGACAGAGCUCUUCGCUCCAUUCUUGCAGUAAGAAAAGUUAGCAGAGAAGAGGCAAAAUUGGCGGUGGAUCAAGUUUUUGAAUCCUGUUUCAAUGAUCAUGAACCCUUUGGAAGGAUACCGCAUAACCAAAAUGAAGCAAGAUUUGCUUACAGAGAUUUCCAGAAUCGUGAUCGCUAUAAUGCAAAUCUUUGAUGAAAGACUAAUUUAUGA